AUGGCUUUCUUCUUACUCGGUUUUUGAAUAUCUUUUUCUCUACUAAACGGUUAAAAAAUAUAUCUGAUUAGAUCUGUUGUACUUUAAUUUAGGCGAAGAAACCUAAAUUGCUCGACAGUGAUGCUGCUAAGGAAACCUUCUUCGAGAGAACCAGACAGCCCCGGGUUAGGAUUUCCGUUGAGGGAUACGACGCUUCGCUUCCCGAGGAAGAUAUCAAGAAGACGUUGAUUAAUCACUUCAGUUCAUGUGGCGAAAUUGUUUAUGUAACAUUCUCUGAAGGCCGUGUUGGACGUUCAUUUAUCAUUCUUCGCGGAUAUGGCGCAAAAUUGAAAGCGUUGCAGCUUGAUGGAAGUGACGUGGGAGGAUGGAACGCCAUUGUUAGGGUUACACCGGAAGAAGACAUGGAGACUGAUUGUUUUGCAGCCAAUCUUUACUUAGAGACAUACUAUGACGAAAGAUUUAGGUUUGGCAUCACCGUUAGUGGAUAUGACACUUCGCUUCCUGCGGAUGAGAUCGAGAGCAUUUUGAGGAAACACUUCGCUUCUUGCGGAGAGAUGACACGUGUUUUUGUCAAUACUCUCGACGACAUUGCUUAUAUAUAUUUUGUGGAUCAAGAAGGGGAAGACAAGGCGCUGCAAGGUGAUGGAAUUAGUGAAGUGGGAGGAUGGAGAAUAGAAGCUACUCCCGUAGCAAAAGCCGAACCAAAACCGAAUAUGGAUAUCCCUCCUCCCCGAGGCCGCCAACGUAAAUCUCGCUUUAGCUACUGUAACCCAGCACAUUGUAUAAUGAUGGCUGACGAGACCCAUGAGAAGAUCAUGGCUUUUAAGAGGAAGAGAGGGUUGGUGUAGGAGAACUCUCUCCCUUCUCUCUUAGUCUCCUGGGUGUUUUUUAAAUCGAUCGUGUGAUAUACAAUGCAACCUUUGUCUUUCU